GAGAUAAUGGUUUCUACCAAAUCCACAAUGCAUGUCGGAACGUUGUUCACAGUUUUGGCGACUCAUCUGACUCUGGGAGUUAGUUUUUUUCGACCAGCCACGGAACUGGAUUCACCCCAACUGGCAACUGCUACCCACUGAUAGCUGCGGACAGGUAGCACCUGACGAUGGUCUCAGGCCCAGGGUGCUUGGGGGAGUAGCUGUCGAUAUUGCCGAAUAUCCCUGGAUGGCCUACAUCGAAGAUUUUAUUUGGAAUGAUAGUAAUACAACAUCAUUCGCUUGUGGUGGUUCUAUCAUCAGCGACAAGUACAUCCUGACAGCAGCUCAUUGCUUCAUGCAUGAAGAAAUUAUCUCAGGGCAGUUUCUUAGAAAGGAAACAAAUGUUAUCCUCGGAGAGCAUGCUCUAAGACACGUCAGCUACUGUCGUUAUCACCGAUGUGCCUCUCCACCUGUGAAGGCAACGGUUGAGAGAUUGUACGUCCAUCCAGCGUACACUGUAAUAAAUCCUGUAACAGGAGUCGUUAACGACAACGACAUUGCACUAAUCCGUUUAGCCCACCCUAUAAGAUUCACUGAUAAUAUACGUCCGAUAUGUCUGCCCACGGCAUAUGGACAAUACUUGCAACAAUUUGCUGAAACAACUUACACAGCCGCAGGAUGGGGAAGAACAUCAGACGACCAUGGGAACGAUAUGUUGAUGGCAGUCCAAGUUCCGGUGGUGUCCAAAGGAGACUGUGAGUUUUUCUACACUGAGAGUGAAUACUACAGGAACCAGUGUCCUCGAGGUGCUACUUGUCGUCACGUGAUCAGCGACAAGCAAAUCUGUGCAGGAGGAAUACAAGGAGAAGGUACGUGCGACGGAGAUUCAGGAGGUCCUCUGAUGAUGUCUGUUGGGCUGAACCCUACUACAUACUUUGUUAUUGGAAUAACGUCUCACGUGGUGUCAGAAGAUGCUGGAGGUUGUGGAUCCGGACUUCCAGAUGUGUAUACCAGAGUAUCCGAGUAUAUACCGUGGAUACUGGAUACUAUAUACUAGUAAAAUCAUGAUUUUGGGAACUCACUUCUAUUUUUGUAACUAAAAUGAUAACCUGUUUUGUUAGAACGUUGUUUAAUGUCUUGAAAUAAAGAAGACUUAUAAUGA